AUGAGGGUGCUUUAUAACAGGCUUCCAGCCAAGUACUGCUGGUCAGCUCAUUUCUACAUUGUCAAUGGCUAUGUGCCAGGUCACACUGCAGAAGUAAGCAGUUGUGAUGGCAACCGCUGUCAGGACUCUGUGGUCCAAAAAGCCCAAGAUGCAUCCCCAGGCCAAGGAAUUCCCAAUACACCAAGAAAAUCUGAGAAAUUCAAAGAACAAAAGGUUUUUCUGAAGAGCAUCAGACAAAACAGUGAUCUUUACUGGGAAAAAAGUGCUAAAAUCAAGACAGGGUACAAGAGGGAGCAUAUCAACCUGGGCUGUGAUGUGGACUUUGACAUCGCUGGGCCCUCAAUCUGGGGCGCUCUGGUGCUUGGCUAUGAGGGUUGGCUGGCUGGCUACCAGAUGAAUUUUGAGACCUCGAAGUUCCGAGUGACCCAGAGCAACUUUGCAGUUGGCUACAAGACGGACGAAUUCCAGCUUCAUAGUAAUGUGAAUGAUGGGACGGAGUUUGGUGGCUCCAUUUACCAGAAGGUGAACAAGAAGUUGGAGACUGCUGUCAAUCUCGCCUGGACCACAGGAAACAGUAACACUCACUUUGGAAUAGCAGCCAAGUAUCAGGUCGACCCUGAUGCCUGCUUUUCGGUCAAAGUGAACAACUCCAGUCUAAUUGGCUUAGGGUACACUCAGACCCUAAAACCAGGUAUCAAACUGACGCUGUCAGCCCUGCUGGAUGGCAAGAACGUCAAUGUGGGCGGCCACAAGCUUGGUUUAGGACUGGAAUUUCAAGCAUAAAUGAAUAUUGUACAAUCGUUAAUUUUAAACUAUUUUGCAGCAUAGCUACCUUCAGAAUUCAGUGUACCUUUUAAUGUUCUAU